AUGGAAUCAUCUCAUGACCGCGCCUAUGUCACCGUCUACUCCCCUACCCUCCUGACCUGGGUGUACGACUACUACGUCCUGGGCUUCAACCUCCGCUACGUCUGGGGCUGCCCGACCAACGCGGUGCUCCUCCCCUUCUUCGCCGAGAACUUUUCCCGGCGCCACCUCGACGUCGGCGUCGCCACGGGCUACCUGCCCGCCAAGGUCCUAGCCAGCCCCUGGCGUCGCGCCGCCGCCCACCACCACCACCUGGCCCUGGUCGACAUCAACGCCAACUCGCUCCGCGCGUCCCAUGCUCGCGUCCGCGCCGCCGCGCCGGGCAUCGAGACGACCUGCGUCGAGGCCGAUGUCGUCGCCGACCUCCCGCCGGUGUUGAGCAGCGUGGUGGACGACGAGCGCGCCCGGGUUGAAAAGGCCGGCGGCGAUGGCGGUAGCAGCAGCAGCAGCAGCAGUAGUAGUAGUAGUAGUAGCAGUCGCUGUAGUGAGUCACACCUGUACGACUCGAUCAGCAUGUUCAACCUGUUCCACUGCGUCCCCGGCGGGCCGGCCAAGCUGCGCGCCAUCGCCACGUACAAGGCGCUGCUGGCCGACCACGGCGUUCUGUCGGGCUGCACGGUGCUGGGCGAGAGGCACGCCACCGGCUGGUUCAGCCGCUGGUACCUGAGGCUGUACAACCGCAAGGGCGUCUUUAACAACAUCAACGACACUCGGGAGGAGUUUGAGGAGGUGCUGAACAAAGAGUUUGAAGAGGUCGACACCAUGAUGUUUGGAAUGGUCUUGCUGUUUAGGGCUGCAAAGCCGAGGAGGGAGGCGAAUGGGUAUGUUGACUUGUUGGCUUGA